CCAAGGUCAUCACUCCGGGAACGCUGUUAUAAGCGGAUUUCUUCAUUGAGCAGCACAGCGACAGUUUCGCUCCUUCAAACAAGCACCGCAUGUCCAGUCCUUGAGGCGGCGCGACGAAGGCAGUCAGAGGCUUGGUUAAGUGACUGUCCCAACGCGAGCACCAAUAGGUCGCUCUCGUCGCUGCGACCGCUUCGGCGUUCAUAUCCUUGGCAAUUUCCCAUCCCUGGUACGGCACAUUACCACUAUCCAUGAUCAAGCGUGCAGCUGAGCCGUCGAAGGAUGGUUCACGCAGAUAUGGCAUUUACCCCAGAGGCAAGCAGGUCGACACUCCGCUUGGUCGCAUCAACUUCGAAGUCAUUGGCGCGGCAGACAGCAAGAAGCGGCUGUUCGUUCAUGGCAUCUCGAUUCUAUCUGCAGCAUGUCGAUACGACCCUGUUCACUUCGCAGACUGUUUACCUCUUGUCCGCGCUCAACUUGCCAGGCUGGGACAAUUUGACCUCGUCAACAUGUCCCUCGGCCGAAGGACCGCUAUAAUGUUCGCUUACUGCUUCCCCGAUGGGAUCAUUCUUCGCCUCGCCGCCCUCAUCCCGCGUAAGAGCAUCGAAAUUGCCAAGUGGCAGGUCGAGAACCACCCUGAGUUCCUGCUCGCCUUCACGCGUAGCAUGACCCAAGGGCCCACCUUCGAUAUGAAAGACACACUGCAGGCCACGGUGAAUGUAUCGCUGCCGUCUGGAGACAAGGAUUCUACCGUCCCCAUGGUUACCAAGGACUUUUGGGCAGCCUCAGAAUUGACGUGA